ACAAAGAAUGCGGAUGAAGCACACACCAGUAAAUUAUAUAUAAAAGGAUAUUAUUAAUUAAGUGAAAGUAAUUCAUUAGAAAAAAAAAGAACACGUUUUCACAAAUUACAUUGAACUUGUUGAUUAGACAAUGCGUGAAAUUGUUCAUCUUCAAGUUGGACAGUGCGGUAAUCAAAUUGGAUCUAAGUUUUGGGAAGUAAUUUCUGAUGAACAUGGAAUCGAUCCAACUGGAGUAUAUCGUGGUGAUUCAGAUCUCCAGCUGGAACGAAUUAAUGUUUACUACAACGAAGCGACGGGAGGAAAAUAUGUCCCACGGGCGAUAUUAGUUGAUUUAGAGCCAGGAACAAUGGACAGUGUUCGGGCAGGUCCUUUUGGUCAACUCUUUCGUCCAGAUAACUUUGUAUUUGGACAAAGUGGUGCAGGAAAUAACUGGGCUAAAGGUCAUUAUACAGAAGGUGCUGAACUUGUGGACUCAGUAUUAGAUGUGAUGCGUAAGGAAGCAGAGAACACGGAUUCCCUUCAAGGUUUUCAAUUAACUCAUUCACUUGGUGGUGGGACUGGUUCAGGAUUGGGAACACUGUUGAUUUCGAAAAUUCGUGAAGAGUAUCCUGACCGAAUAAUGAACACAUUUUCAGUUGUUCCAUCUCCUAAGGUGUCCGACACAGUUGUUGAACCGUACAAUGCUACACUCUCUGUACAUCAACUCGUUGAGAAUACUGAUGAAACUUUCUGCAUUGACAAUGAGGCACUCUAUGACAUAUGCUUCAGAACGCUCAAGUUAACUAACCCAACUUACGGAGAUCUGAAUCACUUGGUCAGUGCAACCAUGUCCGGAGUAACCACCUGCCUCAGAUUUCCUGGCCAACUGAAUGCUGACUUGCGAAAACUGGCAGUAAACAUGGUUCCAUUCCCUCGACUACAUUUCUUCAUGCCAGGAUUCGCUCCAUUGACAAGUCGAGGUAGCCAACAAUAUCGCUCACUAACUGUACCUGAACUAACACAACAGAUGUUCGAUGCUAAGAAUAUGAUGGCUGCUUGUGAUCCCCGUCAUGGACGUUAUUUGACAGUGGCUGCCAUCUUCCGUGGUCGUAUGUCGAUGAAGGAGGUGGAUGAGCAGAUGUUGAAUGUGCAGAAUAAGAAUUCAAGUUACUUUGUCGAGUGGAUUCCGAAUAAUGUGAAGACAGCAGUAUGUGACAUUCCUCCUCGUGGUUUGAAGAUGUCAGUGACCUUUAUUGGUAACAGUACGGCUAUUCAAGAGUUGUUUAAGCGUGUUUCUGAGCAGUUUACUGCAAUGUUCCGUCGUAAGGCGUUUUUACAUUGGUACACAGGUGAAGGGAUGGAUGAGAUGGAAUUCACUGAGGCUGAGUCGAAUAUGAAUGAUUUGGUAAGUGAGUAUCAGCAAUAUCAAGAUGCAACAGUUGAUGAUGGAGAAUUUGAGUAGGACACCUAAUCAUAUAAGUUUCCCUGGACUGAUGCGUCAUUCGGAUAUGUGAUAAUGAGAAGCAAUGACAAUUCAUUUGAAUUUAUUUUAUCGAGUUGCACUACUUAUUAGUAGCUAGAUUUUUUUAUUUAAAUUAUGUAACUUUCCAAAAAAGUGGAUGUCGAGGUUUUCAUUUGAUGACCAACCAAUAAAGC